UUCCUGAAUUCCCUGACAAUGGACUUAAAUUGAUUAUUGUGUGAAAGUAGACCCUUUUAUCGAACACCGUUACAAUAUUAUAUCUAAUUCACUUCCUGUUCAACUACCCCCAUCAAAACGUAGAUUUAUAAAGCGGCCUUUAAAUAAAAAAUGUUUUAAUGUUUCAAUUAAAUCUGUAUUACCGGGUCACUUUCUAAAAAAAAUGCGUACCUUAUUAUACCCGCAUAAUUUCGAUUCAAACGAAGUUCUAAUUCACUUUUACAGUCUUUCGCUAAUCCCAGAGUGAAAAACAUGGCUUUUUUACAAGCUAUUUACUUUUUUGUGAUUGUUCUUCAUAAUUCGAUUUAUUGCUCAAGAAUCCCUCUUAUUCUGACUGCAAGAGAUUCAUUAACAACUGAAGCAACGAAUUUACUCGAAAUUGUUACACCUGUUUAUAAUGUGAUUCAUGAUCAAGAAGCAAUUUCAACCCAAAUGCCAAUUUUCUUCCACGAAUCGAAUACAAAUCCAACAGAUAAAAUACAUUUUCCAACAGAAAUACCAUUGGGAGUGAAAGAAAUGACAACUGUUCCCAAUAAUGCAAAAAAUAAAACGUCAGAAACUUUUCUAAAUAAAUUUGGACAACGGUUACCGAAAUUUUUCGGAAGACUGGCUUUCCUGGCAGGACUUCGACAAAAUGACGAAAUGUCAAAUGGAACAUCAUCGAUUAAUUUCAAUAGCGCCAAAGAAUCAUCACUAUUAUUGUCUCAAAAUUCAUCACCGACAAAAUUGAGUCCCUAUUUUGCCGCCGUUUACGAGCCAUUUCCAUUUUAUCCUCAAACCUACAUUUAUUCUAAUCUACUCAGUUUGAUUCCACUUUUGAAUUCACAAAAACUUCCAAACGAAAAUAAUUUUCCAUUUUCUCAACAAUCGGACAAUAAUGAUGACGACAGAAUGAGUCAAGGCUUUAAUUUCGUAACUGAAAAUCGAAAGAACGAGAAUAACACUAUCGAGGAACGUAUAAUUGAAAAAGUCCCUUUGGACAAAAAACAGAAAAAUUCUAUUCGGGAUAAAAUGAGAGAAAUUACAAAAAUACAGACAAAAGAGAAGGAUGAAGAUGAAGAAGAAGAAAAUGAAGAAAUCGAGGAUAAUGAAGAGACUGAAGAAGAAAAUGAAGAAGAUUACGAAGUAGAAGAACCGAAUGUAGAUGUAUUUGUUCCACCGACAAAGACACCACCAGUGAAAACAAAUAAAGUUUCCGCACCGUCGAAAUUCUCGAGACAAAAACAAAAAACCACUACUAAGAGACCAACAAUGAAGAAAACGACAAUGACUCCAAUGAUUGUUACAACAACUGAAAUUAAUAACAAUUCUAAAAAUAUGAAUAACACUACUCAAAAUCCUGUGCAAAAUAAUGCCACUUAUCUAUCACAUCCUGGAUAUUAUGGAGGAUAUACGCAGAAUAUUCAUGAUCUGUAUUUCACAAGUAGUGAAUAUCCUCCACUACAUGAUCAUUUCAAUUACAAUGAUAUUAAUCAACAUCAUUCCGAAGAGUGGCCGAGUAAUAGAAUUCCUCACGAUUCACAGUUUUACAAUCCCUAUCAGCAAGUUUAUGAUCAUUUACCACACAGGGAGGAAGAAUAUGAUUCCCAUUCAUUUCAUGGUUCUCCAGUUCCGCCAGAAGCGUUACAACGCGGAUUCAAACCAAGUAUUCAGUUUUGAAUCAAUUUUGUUUAAUUAAUAAUUCAAAAGUAAAUGAAAAAUCAAUUAAUUAUAGUAAUUAGUAAUUAUUUAGUUUUGUAAAUUGGAGAAAAUUAC